AUGAAGGGCACCUCCAUUUUCCAGUUCAAGUCCUGGCCCAAUAUUCAUCAGCCCUUGCCGCGUACUCCUCGAGAGUCUCAACAACUCCUCAAUGCCCUCACCUCGUCCUUCCGUCGUCAGUUAGAUGGCGCAUAUCCCGCAUCAGGCAAUAAGGCGCGACCCCUCCCCAACCCUGAAUCAUCCGCCCAUGCCACAGAUCUACAUGUACAGAACAUCUUGGAUAAUCCCUUGUUCCGCAUUGUCCCUUCGCGGUCGGGUGCGCCCAUGCCAACCACUUUGCAUAGCGUGGAAGGUCAGCGGAAGCUUCUUGAACAGCCCAUGGUGGUACUGGAGCAGAUGGCGGCUGCUGGCACCCUCACUGCAGGUAUCAUCAAUGAUUGUCUCAGAUAUCAACUGUUGCUCUCCAAAUCACCUGAUCGUAUGAAGAACUCUCGAGCUGCUUCCCGGAUCGUUGAUUGGUAUUGGGCAUCAGAUGGUGCCUCCCGGCGGGCCCUCUUGCGUCUCCGCCCGGCGACAAUGUCGCUGACCAAAUUCAUGGUUGUGGAAGAAAUGCAUGACACAAUAAUGAAGUGGCUGCGGAUGAUCAUGGACCAAGAUCUAGGCAGCCAGAACGGCCACAUGACGGACGGGAUUGCGCGCCAAACUUUCAGCCACCUCCUGGUCGAUUUCGUGGACGCAGAGACCUUCUUCGGGAAGGGCUUGGAAUCGGCCGUAUUACAGUACCUACUUGUGUGCCAUAUGCAUUUCAAGAGCACACCCUCCAACAAGUCGAGAAACCCAAUGCUGUUGGCUGCAGCUGCCCAUUUGAACCGCAUCUCAAUGGAGAACAAGCCUACUAAUACGCAGAUCACGGCGGCAGUAUAUGACCAGUACCAAGAUAUGGUUUCUCUUUUGUCUCCUCAGUCCUUGUUACUAGCAUCCGUGGCGAUUUCUCAUCCAGCACAACCCAACCCUCGUCCAUUCUUGAACUUCGUGGCCAAUCUUUCACUAAGCAAGUUCCAAGCGUGGAACAAGCAGAGACGUGACGCUUUCUUUGAUAUUGGCUCGGAGGCUCUUCGGGUGCUCGUCGAACAGAAGGAAUUCAACCGCAUUUCCCAGCUAGAGCGGCACAUCUCCCGAUUGCUGCCGGCAGAAACACCAAACUCAGCUGCUGAAAAGUCACAUGCAUCAACUGAGGAGGAGUUGGCUCGCCUCAACUUGGGCUUCACCUGA